UUGGUUUAGCAUCAUCUAAAACCUUUAAAUCCAAACUUUUAGAGCAUGUGGUUGAGCCAUUGAAAAGUUAGUUCGAUUGCAUCUGUCGGGGGAGGGGGUAAGAGCUCUAGUUGAGGAAAACCAUAAAAAAUCCUGCAUAGAAAGUUAAGAUUCUUUUAGAUAACAAUAAUUUAAUGAAAUUUUUCGUGUAAUAUACCAAAAGAUACAGCUUCGGACGCUGAACGAAAAUCAUCUUUUAAUAUGUUAGGUUUUCAUGGACUAAUCGAGAGUUAUCUAUGAAAUAUUAUCUGACUCACUAUUUUCGACUGGAAAAAUGAGUCGGUUUUUGUGCAAUAUACUAUAUUGUACCAAGUCCCAUGUAGUCAUUUUACGAGAUAUCACGCUGAAUCUUUUACAUAUUGUACAACUCUUUCUUCUCUAAAGAACGGUUAUAAAAAAAUUUAACAAUUUCAAACAAUGUCCAAAAAUGGCUUACAAUGUUGAUCAACUAGACAGUGUCUAUGAGGAAAAAUUAUUAUAAAUAUUUUUCUGGAAAAAAAACAAAAGUUAAAGAAGACUAUGACGUAUCUAAAGUAUUUUUUACACAAGUACAAUAUAUUUUAAUGGACACAUAGUCUCUAUAAACUGUUGAGCUGUUAUUUAUUUUAAUUUAUGAAGGUAAAAUGGGUUAGCGUUAGCUAGUCUUAAAUAAGCAUCAUGUUAUUCAAAAGAGCUGAAAACACUUUACAAAUUGAUUAAUGUUCAUUUAUACUUUCUCGGAAGUUUAGGCAUUAUUCAAAUUAUUGUACACUUACUUCAUACAAGACUCAGAAUUGUUGGUCACGUUUAAGGAAAACCUUAUCCUUAUUUCUCCUCUUCGGUACGUUGAGUCCAUCCUGCUUGAAGAGGAGAGACAUUAUUCGAAAAAUCGAUGUCCAUUUCUGGUUCUGUUUUAUAUUUUAUUUGCUUCUCUUUAAUCUUAGAGAGGCAGUUGUAGCUGACCAAUUCAUCAAAAGAUAUGGUGCAAGUGUCAUUUUAGCAUUCAUAAUAAAGCUUUCUAGCACUCUGAUCUCUUGUGGAUUGAUACCAAUGUCUUGAAAAUCGUGGUCUAAUGUUCCAAAUUCUGAGUCAAUUUCUUCAUUCUCAGUAUCAUUAAUAGAUAGUAUUUUUGAUAAAUUUCUCUUCGAUGAUGAUUUUACUACUUGACAAAUUUUGAGUGUUAAUCUCGUAUUGUUAGCGUUUUAGUUGACAGAAAAAUGAGCAAACUUGAUUUUUAUUUUAAACUUCGAUAAUUGAAAUGUAAAACUUUGCGUUUUCUGUCAAGGUCUCCACAUUUAACACAAUCUGUUUGGAUUUUUCAUGUUUCAAACUGGGAAUGCCUUCAUCAAAACUUUUUUUGGAGGUAUCCACUCUGUUUGUCUGAAAAAUGUGUGUUUGAUUUACGUGUGGGCAAAGCUCACACCUCACACUCAUACUCACAUCUAAACCUCGUACGAACCGAUGUGCUUUUUAUUCUAAAUUGACAACACAUUCUUGCUGUUUAAAUUGUUGCAAAACAAAUCGUUUUACAAUAUUCAAGACAUUUGUAAUGAAACUUGACAAGGCAUUCACUGCCGACGGCUAUUAUGAUCGAACCAAGGCUAUCUAUCGACAUAUCGGGGCUGUACAUUUUCACUAAAGAGAUUUAUAUUCAAAUGGGUGUGGGUGUAAGUGACUGCAGAUGGGCUUGAUAGGAGGGCAUUAAACGCAAACAUAUAUACGCUCAUAUCCAAAUUUCUACAUCCAUACUUAAAUUUUCUUGCCUACGCAUCAAUAUCCACACCCACACCCUACCAUCAAGCCAUUUUUUCUCUUUCAUUUCAAUUCUUUUCUUAUCGUAACCACACAUAAUGAAAAAUUAUUUAUCUGCUUAGACAACAAUUCAAGUGUACUUUAAUAUUAAUAAUUUUAGUUACUCAUAUAAAAGCAUGUUUAUGUGAUUUUUUUUCAAUUUUAUUCUUCAAGUAGCUCAUCGUAAUAUAAUAAUUGAUGGUAAUUUUUAUGAUUUGUUAAAUAUUCUAUCUUACAGUGAUUCAAGAAAUAACAUAAAUGAUACAGUUUAUCAAGUAAGUCCAUGUUUUCCUUCAUUAAAAAUUACAGAUUGCCAUGAUGCACACACUAAAAUACUAACUGACAUGCCAAAACAUACAUAUAAUUCAAAUGUAAAUAUAAUUGAAUUUAAAAUAGUCCACGAUGAUUCAUUGUUAUAUGUAUAUUAUCGUGUGGUUGAUAAUGGAGUCAUUGGUAAGACUUCAGUUGGACCGGAUAAAAUUAAUCGAAGUGAUCCAUCACAACCAUCACUAGCUGGAAGGUUUUAUAUAAUAACAACUGUUAAUCUUGAUAUGAAUGAUACAACAGGUUUUUCGUUACAUGAAGAUGGUUAUUAA